UUCCCCAAUUCCAUGAAUGUGGAAACCUGGUAUUUUCAAAACAAAAGCACCACCACCUACUCCGAGGCAACCGCCACGUCUUGCGACCCUAGUUUCUACUCCCAAACCCCAAUAACACAUGCAUCUCUCCUAUUAACACACAAAUAUAUAUACAUCAUCUGCAUAUAUCUCCAGCCCCAAUUUCUCGCUCUAAUUUUCUCAUCAAACACUUUUGUUUCAGUAAAAAUAAUCGAAAAUGCGGAUGAGCUGUAAUGGAUGUAGGGUUCUUCGUAAGGGAUGUAGUGAAAACUGUACCAUCAGACCUUGCCUUCAAUGGAUCAAAACCUCUGAUUCUCAAGCCAACGCCACCGUCUUUCUUGCUAAGUUUUACGGCCGCGCCGGCCUCAUGAACCUCAUCAAAGCCGGCCCUGAACACCUCCGCCCUGCUAUAUUUCGGUCAUUACUGUACGAGGCAUGUGGGAGAAUUGUGAACCCGAUUUACGGGUCGGUCGGGUUGCUAUGGUCCGGGAGUUGGCAGUUCUGCCAGAAUGCGGUGGAGGCGGUUUUAAGGGGGGAUCCGAUAACCCAAAUACCGACUGAUCUUGCGUCAGAGAAUAAAAAUGGGCCGCCUUUGAAUGCCUACGACAUAAGGCAUGUGAACAAGGAGGAGAACUUAUCCGGGUCUAAUGAUCUGCACCGGGUCAGGACCCGAUGCAGGUUUAAGAGGUCGAGUGUUCGGGCGAAGACGAAGAGGGUGUGGGCCGCCGGAUCAGGAGAGGAAUCGGGUCAUGAGGAAGUCAAUAGGUCGCCAAGCCAUGAGUCUUCUUUGAGCCAUCAGUCUGGGGCAGCCGAGCCUGUUUUAGAGAGGGAGAGUCGGGAGAGGCAGGAGAGUCAGGAGAGUGGGAGCUUGGUUUCCGGGGAGACUGCUGAAGCUGACUUGUUCGGUAGAGCUCAGCCGACUCCUGAGCCGGCUAGUAAUGAUGACGAGGUUGCUGAAAUGGAACUGGAGCUGACUCUAGGAACAGCGCCAGUUAAAAACAAUGUCAAGCCGAAAGAAACGCAACAGAGGAAAGCGGCUGAUAGAGUUUGUAGAAUGGAGCUGGAGCUCGAUCUUCCGGCUUUGUGAGGAGCCGAUAAAUGAUGAUCAAUUUUGACGGCUAAGAUCAACUGUUUCAUUGGUUGUUCUUUGUUUUGGUGUUUUCUGUAUCACCUUUUCUUUUUGGUCUUUGAAUGGAGUUAAUUAUAGUUAAAGUACUUUCUUUUUUCCGAGAGAUGUACAAAAUGUUAUACAUAUGGUACAAUAUUUUUAAUAACAAAAGUUGACUUGGUCAAGAAA